AUGAUAAAGCCAAUGACUAAUAGGUUCCAACUCUUAGAUAUCAAGAGGAGGGACGAUGGGUUGGAUAAUUGUUCGGUUUAUGAUGGAGCCUCAGUAAUCAAUUUUGUGUUUCUGAUAUUAAUAUCAUUUGGUAUUAUCAUAAGUUAUAUACCUCAGUAUCGAAGAAUAUUCAUCAAGUUGACUUCUGAAGGGUUGUCAAAAAACUUUUUACUUUUGGGCUCGUGCUCGUCAAUAUUUACAUUGACCAACAUCAUCUUGGUCAGCUCCAAGGCACGACAAUGCUGUUCAAUAGGAGCUUUGGAUACGUUCAAUUGUAUAAAUUCACAGUUGAAUUUGUUUCAAAUCGGUAUACAAUGCACAUGUGCUAUUUUGAUUUUAGUUUUGGUCCUCUCAGUGACAAAAGAUUCUAUCAAGCAAGACAAGGCCGAAUACAAAAGAAUUGAACGUGUGGGCAAAUUUGUGGCUGCUCAUGCUGCAGUGUCUCUCCUAGAGAUUGCACUUGGGUUUUCUACCAACUCUACCGUUCUAUAUGCAAUUGCCAAUAUGAAUGGCUUAUUAUCUGCUUUGCUUACUGUGAUUAAAUAUGUCCCUCAGAUUUACACUACUUUUAGACUCAAACACCCAGGAACUUUGUCGAUUGGAAUGAUGUGUAUACAAACCCCUGGUGGGUUUGUUUUCACUGCUACAUUAUUCUUCACAAAGGGAUCUCAUUGGAGCUCUUGGGUAUCUUAUUUGGUUGCAGCUUUGUUGCAAGGGAUGUUGCUAUCCCUUUGUAUUUAUUACGUAUACUUCCAAGGUCGUCAUGUUGGCGAAGAAUCUGCUGAAGAGUUAGAGCGAGAAGCAAUAGAGAGAAUCGUCAAUGAAAAUAGACACGAAGAAUUAGAUCAUACUUCAGAUGUUAGAGACCCGGAAAGAGAACAACUUUUAUAG